GGCACACGACAUCGAGCUUUUGCAAAAUCUUUUAUUGAUAAACAAAUACAAUAAUCUGCGUUAAAAGCCGGCGGAUGAGUCGGAGCCUGGGGAUAUCGAAGCCCCACUGCCGGAUUGAAUGGCUACCGAGGAGCGGGACGACGGGGCGCUCUCCAUUCUUCGGCUGCAGCCCCACCAGGAAAUCGAAGUCGAGCAGGAGGACCAGCUGCCCGAUGAGAUCCUGCGAUGUCGUGCCCAGGAACUAAGCUACAGUGACUUUUUCUGGCUCUUCAUGCACAAGAACUUGCCCGUAAUCAUCACAGAUGUCUCCAACAACUGGGAGUGCCAACAGUGGACGACGACGAACACGUUGGAUGUGAACUGCAAUACCGGACAGCCCUCGCUCCACCGCUCCAUUAACUUUGACUACCUCAAAACCAAAAUUGGGAAUACCCCCGUUCCCGUAGCCGACUGCAACUCCGCGUACUUCAACAGCCACACGAAGCUGGAGCUCAAUUUCCACGACUACCUCGACAGAUGGAGGAGCAGAAUCGAAAGCGAAACCCCAGAAGUAAACAGUAAUGCGGAUACAGCAAGCCGGGACAAUCUCUACCUCAAGGACUGGCAUCUGGCGGCCCAGAUGCCUGGCUAUAGCUUCUACCAGGUGCCUAAAUAUUUUGCCUCCGACUGGCUCAACGAACAACUGAUUGAUCAGGGCAGGGACGACUACAGAUUCGUCUACAUGGGGCCCAAGAAUUCAUGGACCUCCUACCACUCGGACGUCUUCGGUUCCUUCAGCUGGUCAACCAACAUUGUGGGUCUCAAGAAAUGGUUGAUAAUGCCCCCAGGCGAGGAACUCAAACUGAACGAUCGAUUGGGAAACCCCCCAUUCAGCAUCGAUGAGGAGAUGCUGGACAAGCACAAGGUCCGAUAUUACACCAUCAAUCAGGGGGCCAAUGAAGCUGUCUUUGUGCCCAGCGGCUGGUUCCACCAAGUGUGGAAUCUGACCGACACCAUAUCCGUGAAUCACAACUGGUUCAAUGCCUGCAACAUUGCCAUGGUGUGGCAAAACCUCAAAAGCAACCUUGCAGCCGUGUGGAAGGAGAUCUCGGAUUGCCAGCAAAUGGACAACUUUGAGGCGCACAGCCAGACCAUGCUGAGGGCCAGCUUUGGCAUCAACUACCUCGAUUUUAUAGAGCUCCUGGAGUUCAUUGCCGCUCGCCGUUUGGCUGAGGAAAGCGCAGCCACCAAGCUUUUACUAUUCAACCGAUAUACAAUGAACGAUUUCCACGUGCAGUACGAUCUCGAGUGCUUGAGGAAGAUAAUAAAGACAAUGACGGAGGAUCAGACUAUCCGGAAUAGUUCUCUUCCACUACACAGUCGCUGCCAGCAGUUACUCAGCCAACUGGAGUUUUAAAAGUCACUCGUAGAGGCCUUGGCAUAAUAUUUUUAUACCAAAAAGUACUUGUGUAUUCAUAUACAGACAAUAGGUGUAAUAUUUUAUU